AAUGAGGCAGUCGUGAUUCUUGAGACCACACGUAGUCUUCAUUGAAUAUAUAGUUGAAAGUCCGUGAGGUUUAGAGCCAGAACAAUAGACUCACACUACAGUGGUUGAUGGCAACAGUGUAAGUCCCAAAUAGCACAAUAUUUAAACUCUCUAUCUACCUGUACACCUUGAUGCCAAUACCACCGUUCUAACUUGGUGCUUAGUUCGACCGGGUUCACCUACAAUAUUUUGCUAUCGCCAUUCCGUCCGUUGUUCACCCAAUCUGUUUGUCUUUCUCCGUUUCUUCAUUCCAUUUUCUUCGGGACAGCUUCAGUCUUCACGAUUUCAGUGUAACGUAUGGAGUUCGUUAACUUGCCGCCUGUUAUGAAACUGUUUGUUUUUUCAUUUCCCGCUCAAUUAAUGUUAUUAUCUAAUCGAAAUUUCGAAUUAUGAUUAAUAAGUUUCGGUACAAGAAGCCACUUCAGGCGCAAUCUGGAGUCGGUGGUGAAGUGAAGGAGUUCAAUACGCUACCACGUACUAAGAGUAAAGUGAGUGAACAUGCAACUAAAAAGGAUACAGUUUUCUCCAAAACUUUGGAUGCUGACGCAAAAUGGAAAUUGAAAGAAUUAUUCUCCGAGCUUCAACAUAGUCAAGCGAAAGCCCUGCCUCCUGACUCCCUACGUAAAGCCCUUGCUGAUUCGUUCCUAGAUCAGCAAAGGUUUCAGAUUGGAUUUAUGGAUGACGCAGCCGAAUGUUUCGAGAAUAUGCUGCUGAGAAUUCACGACCAUAUUGCACAUAAGGAACCGGAAGAUGCUUGCUCUGCCCCACAUUGUAUUUCGCAUCAAAAAUUUGCCAUGACCUUAGUUGAGCAAUCAGUUUGCGACAAUUGUGGAGCCACAACUGAACCUAUGAGCUUUACACAGAUGGUUCAGUACGUGUCCACAUCCACACUCGUCCAUCAGUUACGUAUUAGUGUGGGGCAGUUAAGCCAACCUGAUUCUUUUGGUCGACUUUUGCAAAAAGCCGUCAACAUGGGAGAAGGCCGACAAUGCCCGGUAAGUCGAAUAUAAUGUGAACAAAUUAAAUCGAGAAUUGAAACGAAAUAUAUUGCAAUAUGAUAAACUAAUUUAUCAAACACGGUACCUACUUGCUCAUCUUAAUAGCUAGAACCGAAGAACUUUUUUACUUCUAAGCAUGUUGUAUAUUUAAUUUAUUUUCUACAAAUUACAUGAAGUUUGUAUGAAUCUGCAUAGUUUUUUGAGAAUACCUGAAUCUCUGAAUUAAUACGUAUUGAUAUUUUCAGCAAUUUCGUGUUGCUCUAGUUGCAAAUAUUCCAUUUGUGCAUUACAAAUAGGUUUCCUUAAAUUUAGUCAAUUGUUCUUUAUACAGGGUGAUUUAAAAUUGGCGUCAUUCCUUUUAAGGGAUGAUGGAG